AUGAAUGACGAAGAUGGUUGUGAGGACGAUACUAAUGAUGACGAAGAUGGUUGUAAGGACGAUGUUAAUGAUGACGAAGAUGGUUGUGAGGACGAUACUAAUGAUGACGAAGAGGAUUAUGAGGACGAUAUUAAUGAUGCCGAAGAUGGUUGUGAGGACGAUAUUAAUGAUGACGAAUAUGAUUGUAAGAACGAUAUUAAUGAUGACGAAGAUGGUUGUGAGGACGAUAUUAAUGAUGACGAAGAUGGUUGUGAGGACGAUAUUAAUGAUGACGAAUAUGAUUUUGAGAACGAUAUUAAUGAUGACGAAGAUGGUUGUGAAGACGAUAUUAAUGAUGACGAAGAUGAAUUUGAAGACGAUACUAAUGAUGACGAAGAUGAUUUUGAGGACGAUACUAAUGAUGACGAAGAUGGUUGUGAGGACGAUUCAAAUGAUGAUGAAGGUGGUGGUGAAGACGAAAGCAUUUUAUUUACAUGA